ACGCGCUGAAAUGCAACAACGUGAUGUACAAUCUCCCUUUUCCUGUACGAUACUGGCGAGAGCGCGUGUGGGGGCCAGAAAGGUGGAGGAUGCUUUAGCCGCCUGAUUAACAACUUGAUUCUCAUACAGCUCGGUCGUAAGUAAAGAGCCGUGUUCACGUAUUCUCAUGGAUCCACUAUCAUUCUCAGCGAGCAUCGCGGGUCUACUGAGUCUCACCAUCGAGAUCACGAGACUAACGUAUGAAUAUGUCUCAGGGGUUAAAGAUGCCCCGAAAGCAGCCCAGAAUCUGCUCACGGAGACAACAGCGAUUGAGAAUAUCCUGCGCGACUUGCGCAACAAGGUAUUACUCAAUUCUGAUGUAUCCGCAGUCUUCAAGUCAGCGUCGAUGGAUCACACUGCCCGUGUACAGCUCCUUGAUCAAUGCGAAGGUGACUUGACCUCUCUGCUGAAGGAUCUGGAGCGCGAAUCAGGUUCAUCAUCAACUCAGAGGGCGGCGGGGCUUCUACGACUAAGAUGGCCGUUCAAGGAAGCCAAUUUACAGGAUAAGCUCACUCGUUUGCGCUGGUUCCAAUCUCAGCUGGCCACUCUUGCGAGCCAUGACACGUUAAUGACUUCAACCUUGACUCUUCAAGAGGUUCAAAGCUGGAGAGGAGAAGCCAUACACAACGCAACAUUGGAAUGGCUGUCGCCAUUAGACUUUGCUUCAAAGCAACACGAUGUACUCUCACGACUUCAUCCUGGCACUGUAGAGUGGCUGAUACAAUCUCAAGAAUUCUCCCGCUGGAGCAACGAAGAUAUCACAGAGUCUCAUAGAAGAAUUCUUUGGGGCAGGGGCCCUCCGGGCGCAGGCAAGACUAUAGCUAGCGCGGUGGUGGUCUCGCAUCUCACCGAGACUUGUCAACCUGGGAAGCAUGGACUUGCUUACGCGUACUGCAAUUACGACGAUCAAAUGAGCCAAACGUCACAAAACAUCCUAGGCAAUCUUGUGAAGCAACUGGCUUCCCAAAUCGAUCAACCACAGGCAGUUCUCCGUAUGUUCACUCCAGCGAAGCGUCGAGCACCGCCUGUUGUCGACGACAUUUUGAAAUGUAUCGAAGCCUUUUCAAAAUAUUUCGAACGGGUGUAUAUUGUGCUGGAUGCUCUAGAUGAAGCGGAGAACAUUCCGCAGAAGAAUCGUGCAACCUUACUCCGAGCAUGUAUUCGGAUGGCAGAGUUCGGUGCAAAUUUUCGCAUAUUUGUGACUAGUCGAGAACAUCUUGGUGACAUUGAUCGAACAUUUGAACGAACAAGCCGGAUCAAAAUUGCUGCAUCACGAGAUGACCUACAAUUGUUUAUCCGAGCUCGCAUAAACGACAACGAAGACUUGGAGGCGAUACUAGAAGAUGAUGACAUAUUCAAAGAGCACAUAAUCUCGGAUAUCCUCGAUAAUAGUGCCGAUCAGUUCCUUCUGCCAUCUCUUCAUAUUGAACGUCUCAACGAUAUCACUUGCAAAGAUGACAUCGAAGAUAUCUUGGCGGACCUGACUACUUCCAUUGAUGAAGCCUAUCGUAAAACGUUCAACAGAAUGAAGGACAAGUCAAAACAGAAGCAAGAACUUGUAGAUAAAGUCUUGCUCUGGUUGUGCUACGCAAGAAGGCCCCUGCGGGCUGAAGAGUUAGAAGUCGCCGUAGCCUACCAAUGGAAUGAGCAAGAGGAAGAAUUCACAAUGCGUAGCCGUGUUCCGCAGAAGAUCAUACUGGAGACUUGUUUAGGUCUCGUCGUCAAUGAGCAAAGUGGAGCUAUUCGAUUAGUACACAAAUCGCUCGAGUCGUGGUUCAAAACAAAUUUCCGCUCCAACGUUGAUCCAGAGGCAUACUUGGGAAGAUCACUUCUCAGCUAUCUUUCCCGCGAGUGGACAGAAGGGCUGCCCACAGAGAAAUACUCAAUCUUCUCCCACGAUAUCCGCAAGAAGAAGCCACUACUCCCGUACGCAUUUCACUACUGGCAUGAGCACGCCAAGUCAAGUCAAGAUCUUUUUGAAAAGGCCAUUCUCGAUUACUUUGCGCUGCGUCCGAAGCUGCUCCCCAUCCCGCACGACUUUUACGUGCGCACCAUGCAAACAGGUCUGCUCGUACAAGACCCGCCCGUCUCAACACAAUGGCAGGAUCUCUUCUACGCGGUGGUCUUACAGCUUGACCAGCUCGUGCGUCGGCUGGUACAGAGAGGCGUCAACCCAUUCGCCUACCACCGCGCCCUCGGCUGCCCUUCUAUAAUGACGUGGAUUUCUAACUCAUACCUAGCACCUGUCAACGACCCAGCCAUACUACCUAUCCUAUAUGACAAAAUCGUAUCCGCUAUUUUCCAACCAGAGCACGUCGACUUCUCAGUCAAUAUUCACGCUGAGGACUACGUUUCUCUUGCCAAAAUCUUCCCAUUCCUCUCAGAGUCAACAAUGGAGCUCAUGAUCGAGCGCGGCUUCUAUGUACACCGUCUCCACCGCUUUACAAGUCCCGUCAACUUUCUACGCAUGUAUUCUAACGCAGAAGUAGCAAGAGGGACUGUGCUCCACAUGGCAGCCUUCUUGCACGAACCCGUCGCCAUAAAGGUGCUCUUGAAGCACGGCGCGAAGGUCAAUUUCUACGCAGACUACGGCGGUACACCACUCUAUAUGGCACUUCAUGCAGAACGUAGUAUCGAUGUUGGUGUCAGAGACGAGUGCGUUCAAAUUCUUCUAGAAGCUGGUGGUCGAGAGGAGGCACCGACUAGUUCGGAGACUGUGACCAUGGUAGUCUCGGGAGAUCCGUGCAUGACGGGUCAUGUGAAUGACCUCAGAGCUAAGUCUCAUGUUCGUCGCGCGCAUUAUCAGUCCACGAGUUCGUAUAAACCGAGACAGGACAGCUUCAGGAAGUCGUCGACGGAUGCACUUAGUGAGCAUAUCAACUUUCCACGGGUAACGGAGCUGGAUGAGGAAGAGUGAUAGAACAUGUGAAUAGUGAAAUACACGAUGUCUAUGUAUAUCGAAUCGGCUAUCAGAUCCUGCGUGGGUGAAUCAAUACGGACAAGUAUGCUUAUGUAUGUCUACAUCAACCCAUAGCUCAACUCCUAAAUCGUACAUUGAAACUACACAACACUUUCAUUGCUGUUUAAAGCGUGUGGUACUCUAUUGGAUGACCAGCAUGUUCAAACCAAGAAUGGGGCUUUC